CUCCUGAUAAUUUCUUAAUUAAUCAAAUAUUUAUAUAUGUGUGUAUAUAUAUAUCUAUAAUUUUUACUUUUGAAAUUUAACCAUAGUUAUCACUUUAAAGAGAAAUUUCGAAAACAGAUUAUCACAAAUUACCGCCCGAUUUUCGCGGCGAGCCACCACCGUUAACAACUCAUUAUGAUCAUUCUCUAGUCGUCGGAUCCAGAACAUGUAUCAGUUCUGCUGCGUCGCGCCCGUACCGGAUCGCACUACCCAGGCCGCCGCCGCUACUCAUCUGUCCUCCUCUUCCUCAUCGGAAUUCCUGAACAUGCAACACCGGUCGACGUCGUUUCGAUCGCUACCCACCCCUAGCCGCAACGCUGGGUCCUCCCAUAGCUUACGCAUCCCUACCAAUAACGGCGACGACGACCACGACAACCGUCUGAUCCAGCGAUCCAAAUCCUCAGCGUCGGAGUGGUUCUCUAGGCAGCUGUCCAUUCGGGAUCACCGGGGGGUCGUGAUCAACGACAUUGUCGGGAAUGGGAUCUCCGGCAUUCUGUACAAGUGGGUCAACUACGGCCGGGGAUGGCGUUCCCGGUGGUUCGUUCUCCAGGACGGUGUUCUUUCCUAUUUCAAAAUCCACGGCCCUAAUAAGAUCACGAUCAAUCACGAAACCGAAAGAGGAUCGAAGGUUAUCGGCGAAGACUCCAUCCGUCGACUCUCCCGCCGAACCCGCUCUCAAUCCAGAGUCCGUAAACCCGUCGGUGAAAUCCACCUCAAGGUGUGCUCAAUUCGGGAGAGUAAGUCGGACGAGAGGAGGUUCUCGGUGUACACGGGGACGAAGAAGAGGCUGCAUCUGAGGGCAGAGUGUGGGGAGGACAGGGCAUCGUGGGUGGAAGCGUUGAAGGCGGUGAAGGACAUGUUUCCGCGGGUGUCGAAUGCUGAGCUGAUGGCGCCCGCUGCGGAGAAUGCGGUGUUUUCGACGGAGAAGUUGAGACAGCGACUGUUGGAGGAGGGGGUGAGCGAGGUCGCCAUCCAGGAUAGCGAGACCAUUAUGAGGAGUGAGCUCUCAGAGAUGCAUAAGCACCUUGUGGUCCUCAAGCAGAAGCAGUUGUUACUCAUUGACACAUUGCGUCACUUGGAGACAGAAAAGGUUGACUUGGAGAACACGCUUGUUGAUGAGAGUCAAAGGCAAGCAUUGGAGCCAGUAAGUUCCUUUAGAUCAAGGCAAGAGAAGUACAGCGAGGGAAGUGCAAGUGAUUCUUAUGAUGACAUUGACAGACAUGAGGGAGACGAAGAAACUGAUGAUGAAGACAAUGCAUUUUUUGAUACUCGAGAUUUUCUUUCUUCCAGUUCUAUUAGAAGUAAUGGAUCCGAUUUUCAGAAAUCGCCACUUGGUUCUGAUGACGAAGAGGAUCUAUAUGGCAUUGAUUGUUUCAGUAGAGUUGGACAUGAGUAUCCUCAUGUUAGGCGCCGUAAGAAAUUGCCUGAACCAGUUGAAAAAGAAAAGGGUAUUAGUCUUUGGUCAAUGAUCAAAGAUAAUAUUGGGAAGGAUCUUGCCAAAGUCUGCCUUCCAGUUUAUUUUAAUGAGCCCAUCUCUUCUUUACAGAAAUGUUAUGAAGAUCUGGAAUACUCAUACUUGCUAGAUCGUGCCUAUGAAUGGGGUAAAAUGGGUAAUGGCCUUAUGAGGAUUCUAAAUGUAGCAGCGUUUGCAGUAUCAGGAUAUGCUUCUACAGAUGGAAGAACUUGCAAACCAUUUAAUCCGUUACUGGGUGAGACAUACGAAGCUGAUUUUCCAGAUAAAGGCCUUCGUUUCAUCUCCGAGAAGGUUAGUCAUCACCCAAUGAUUAUUGCAUGCCAUUGUGAGGGGCGCAACUGGAGAAUUUGGGGAGACAGCAAUUUAAAAAGUAAAUUUUGGGGUCGUUCGAUUCAGCUGGAUCCUGUUGGUCUGUUGACUUUGGAGUUUGAUGAUGGUGAAGUUUUUCAGUGGAGCAAGGUAACCACUUCGAUUUACAACCUCAUUAUAGGAAAACACUACUGCGACCACUAUGGUACAAUGCGCAUAGAGGGGAAUUGUGAUUACUCAUGUAAACUAAAAUUUAAGGAGCACUCGAUCAUUGAUAGAAAUCCGCACCAGGUACAAGGUACCGUCCAAGAUAAGAAUGGUAAAACAACGGCAACUUUGAUCGGAAAAUGGGAUGAGAGCAUGCACUAUGUAACAGGCGAUAAUCCUGGGAAAGGGAAAGGGUCAGGGUCAUUGUUGGAACCCUGUUUGCUAUGGAAACGGAGCAAGCCAUCCGAAUAUCCAACCAGAUAUAACCUAACACGCUUUGCCAUUACGCUGAAUGAGCUUACACUUGGACUUAAGGAGAAGUUGCCACCAACAGACUCAAGACUCAGACCUGAUCAGAGGUAUUUGGAAAAUGGGGAGUAUGAAAAGGCCAAUGCGGAGAAGUUGCGGCUAGAACAGAGACAGCGACAGGCACGGGGAAUGCAAGAGAAGGGUUGGAAACCAAGAUGGUUUGAAAAGGACAGCAGCAACAAUACCUACCGCUAUAUUGGGGGUUACUGGGAAGCGAGGGAAAGGCUUAACUGGGAAUCAUGCCCUAAUAUCUUUGGCCAAUUCUCAACUGAUCAAAGUUUUGACUAGCCCCUUCCUAUCCCACCUUGAAAUGGAAAUAAAACGAAAAAACCUCUUUUUCCCAAUCCACUUACCAUUCUUUAAGAGUAAUGCUAAAUACAGUGAUGGUUAUCCAAACAUCAUACACUUCUUUUAAAAAGUAGGGUCCAACAUUAAAAGAUUAUUUUUUUUUAUGUGAAUUUCAUAUUUACUCACUUUUUUUAAAAUGAGUGCAUUACGUUUAUGCACUUUAUGACGACAAAUAUCAUUUCUCAUUCUUAAACCAUUUAGACUAUUUUUCCUUGUUUCUUUACAAAAUCAAUCUCUUCUCUUCAAUUAUUUCUGCAAAAAAUAUUCGGAAGAUGAGCUUUCAUGCUCGCCACCAAGCAGUUCAAGAGGCCACAUGAAACGCAAUAAACUGUGUAGAGAUGGUGCCCCCCAAUUCAAAUAAUUUCAUCCUGGUUGAAGGCUCUCUCUCCAACUUGUCAUACCCAACUCUCCCAAGUUGUGAACGCUUAGCUGCUGGUAACAUCACUUCCUGCUCUGCAAUAUGCAUGCUUAAUCCUAGCUGGGCGUGGACUUGGUUGGCUUGCAGGGUCACGUACAUAGACAUUUUUACCUGAAUUGAUGUCCAAUAUUACAGAAGAGAAUACAUUUGUUUGACAAGCAUCGAGCUAGCUUGUUACUGAUGACCCUAAAAUGUUCAGUACUAUCCAAAAUUUUCAUUUAUAAAGCAGGACGUGAUGAAGUAUCAAGGAUUCUGAACAGCAA